AUGGCCAGUACUUCUGUUCUUCGUAAAUUAAAACCUUCUCAAGUUAUCGAAAUGACCAAAGCAUUUAUGGAAUUUGACGGCAAUGAUAAUGGUUUUAUUACAGCUGAAGAAAUGAAAGGAUGUCUUCGUCAAUCAAAUAUUUCAUAUAAAGAUGCUGAAGUUAAUGAAGUUAUAUCAAAUAUGGAUACUAAUCAAGAUGGUACUGUAUCAUAUGAAGAAUAUAUGAAAUUUAUGGCUCGUAUGUGUCCUGCAGGAUCAAAUCAAAGUCAACCAGGAAAAUCAUCAAAAUCAAAUCAAAGUUUAAAGAAAAACUAA